UAUUUUUUAUUUCUUAUGGUGACGGUCUGUAGGUAAUUGCCAAAUAGUUUUUCUAUUUCGCUAUUAUUUUUAUUGCAAUUUUAGUUAGCUGUUUCGCUAUCUUCCAUUUUUUUGUUAAAAAUUAUUUGCUCAGUUAGUGUGUUAAAAUUUAAGUGUAAGAAAUUAACUAUUCAUGAGAGCUGUAAGAGUACAACAAAGAAGAGAACUGUAUGUAACUCCGUUUAUGAAUGAGACUUUCUUGAAAUGAAAGCUUUCUUUAAAAAUUACAGUUUAAUGUUAUAGUUCAAAAUGUCAUUUCUUCGUGGUUCAGAGAAUUAUGUAUGGUGUACUACGAGUGUUUUGGGUAAAGGGGCAACUGGCGCGGUGUUUCAAGGAGUGAACAAGAAUAAUGGGGAGCCCGUGGCUGUAAAAACGUUCAAUCAACUCAGCCACAUGAGACCACAUGAUGUGCAAAUGCGUGAAUUUGAGGUGCUAAAGAAAGUGAAGCACGAGAACAUCGUGAAGCUGCUGGCCAUCGAGGAGGAGCAGGAGGGGCGCGGGAAAGUCAUCGUGAUGGAACUGUGCACCGGCGGCAGUCUCUUCAAUAUACUGGAUGAUCCCGAGAAUACAUACGGCCUGCAAGAACAUGAGUUUUUAUUGGUGUUGGAACAUUUAACUGCUGGUAUGAAGCAUUUGCGUGACAAUAAUCUUGUCCACAGAGACCUAAAACCUGGGAAUAUCAUGAAAUUUAUUAAUGAAGAUGGUACAACAACAUACAAACUGACAGACUUUGGUGCUGCCAGGGAACUGCAGGAAGAGGAGCAAUUUAUUUCUUUGUAUGGAACAGAAGAAUAUUUGCACCCAGACAUGUAUGAGCGGGCAGUGCUCAGGAAACCUGUGGGGAAGAGUUUUGGAGCAACAGUUGAUCUUUGGUCAAUAGGAGUCACAUUGUACCAUGUAGCUACUGGACAACUGCCAUUUAGACCAUAUGGGGGAAGAAGAAAUAAGGAAACAAUGUUCUUUAUAACUACUAAAAAAGCUUCAGGUGUUAUUUCUGGCACCCAAUCAACAGAUAAUGGUCCUAUAGACUGGUCACGUGAACUGCCGUCCCACUGCCAACUGAGCAUGGGCCUCCGGAAACUGGUGACUCCACUCCUAGCGGGCUUGCUUGAAGUAGAUCCUCACAGAAUAUGGAAUUUUGAAAGGUUUUUCUCGGAAGUUCAAACUGUUACCAGCACAAAGCCAAUUCAUAUAUUCUAUGUGAAUAAGGCUGCCAGCAUUAAGGUGUUCCUGAAGCCGGAGGAGAAGUACGAGCAGCUGCAGACGUACGUGUGCGAGCAGACGAGCGUCGUGCCCGAGGCGCAGAUCCUGCUGCUUGACAGCGAUGACCUCUUAGAGCUCCGCAAACCAAUACAAACUAACACCAAGAAUGUGGGCUGCGAAUGUAAAAUGGUUUCAAGGGGGUCCGUCAACAACGAAGACGAAGGCGAAAGCUCGGACCCCGCCCCCGCCCCCGCCAGCAGCGCCGCGACAAUCAAAGCAACGAAAUCUUCUUGCAGUGUAACUUAA